AUGCGACGUACGACCCUCGGUCCUGCGUCUUCUUCGCAGUUAAACGCUCGUCCGUCUGCUCUCCGACAUCCUUCUACACGGGUGUCAGUACCGAGUAAAAGUACUGCAACUACAGAUCGUCAAUCCUUCGGGACUCUUCCUCGUCGUCGUGUCUCAACCGCUACUAAUCAUACAGCGCGUCGACCUCCUACAGGUCCACGAAUCUCUAUAAACUCGCGUAACUCCGCAGGAAGUGCAGCUGCUGCUCGUCGUAGUAGCUCAUACAGAGCACGAGCUUCGAUCUCUGGUCGUAAUGGCGCACGUGUACUUGAUCCUCGACCUGUGACCGACCGGGUGUAUCUAAAUAAUUGCGUCCGUACUUUGGUCGAAUUUCUAACGGACCGAAUGUUUGACCAAUCGUUGACACCGAAACUUUUAAAACGUGGUUUAUCGAAAAAGGACUUUUGCAAUGUGGUUUUAUUCCUGUUUAAACAGAUUGACUCCAAUUUUGAGUUUGGCGUCAAAUUUGAAGAAGAUAUUGUGCUUCAAUUCCGGAAUUUACGGUACCCUUUUCCUAUAAGCAAGACAUCAUUGGCUGCAGUGGGCACGCCUCAUACGUGGCCUACAUUGUUACUGUCGAUUUCAUGGCUGAUUGAAUUGCUCAGUUAUGAUGAGGCUAGACAGGAAGCCGAAGAGAUCGAGUUGAAUGACGAGAAGGAUGAAGAAAAUGGAGACAAACAGUUUUUCAAGUAUCUUGAUGCAUCGUACCGCGUCUUUUUGGCCGGCGAAGACGACAAGUUUGCAGAGUGGGAGAAACAGGAGAAAGAAAAAUUGAUCAAGCGAGACGAGACGGUCAAGCAGGAAAUGAGUCAGCAGGAGCUGCAGCAGGAAGAGUUUAGGAAGCGAAUUGAGCAGGCAAAAGCAGAUAAGAACGCACUUUCGGAGCUGAAACAAAAGAAAGCUGACUGUCAGAGCGACCUUGUUAAAUUCAAGGAGUUAGUGGGUCGAUAUGAGACACUUAACGGCAAACUGGACAAGAAGGUGGAGGCUCUUGUUGAAGUCCAACAAUCUUUGGAGAAUGAUGUCCGUACCCUUCAAGAAGAAAUUCAGAAGUUCCACACGCGUAUUGAAAAUCAGGAAUUGUCUGCACACGACAUCGAGCAAAUAUCCCUAGAAAGGGCGCGACUGACAGACCAACUCCAUCAUAAUCUUGCUCGUCAAGAUGAGCUUCAAACACAAAUCAAAAGUUAUGAGAACCGUGCCGCUAGUAUUCGGGACAAUCUUGACAACCAAAUUCACGAAUACUGGAACAUUUGUAAAGGGCUGAAGAUCAUUCCUGCAACUGCGAAGUAUGCUCGUAAUUUUGAUUAUACUCUCGAAUUGGAUCCAGACCUUGAAGAACUUGAAGCAGUUCAAAAGUUGUCGCAUCAUUUGAAGACAAAUGUGCGGCAAACAGCACUAAAGCUCAAGCAAAAUCGUAAUGCACGCGCCAACGAGGGUCUGGACUUGGCACUAGUGCUGACUGAGGAGCUGGAGCAAAGCGAGAACCAGCUGAGCAUUGAGAAACAAACUGAGAAGAGAUGGGAAUCUGAAGUGAAAAAAUACGCCGACCAGAUGACCAAAGAGCGUGAAAAACGAGCCGAGAGUCUGAGUCGAAAGCAAGCCGCGAUUGAAGAAGUCGAGAUCAAGAUCACAAAUAUCUCGAAUGAAGACAGCCUAGUCGAGGAAGAGGCAAUUAGCUCCCAACAGCAUCUGCUGGAUGUCAGAAAAGCGUAUGUAUCGUUCUUUGUCUCCCUUAUGGUCAACUUGGGUUAUACAAAGACUGAUGUGUUUGUAAUGUCCCACAGAUCCGUGGAAAUAAUGGAGAGCUAUCAAGCAUUGCUCGACAAGAAUCGGCAUGCUGUUACAAACGUUCUCAUGGCAUGUACAAAUCACAAGGACAUGGUCGAUCGUAUCAUUUCGUCCUUGGAAGCCGAGCUUAGCAAAGUAGAGCUUUGA